AUGGCGACCACACGCAGACUCGUCGUGACUGGCGCGACUGGCAAGCAAGGCGGCGCUUUAAUAUCAGCACUUCUGUCCAGACCAUCACAACCUUUCGAGAUAUAUGCUAUCACACGAGACAAGACAUCCGGCAGCGCACAACGACUCGCAAACAAACCGAACGUGCACGUAAUACAAGGCAACUUCGACGACCCAGUCAGCAUCUUCAAACAGAUCGAAAAGCCAUGGGGCCUCUUCUCCGUCACGAUGCCCUUGAACGCAAAGAAAGAAGAACACCAAGGCAAAGCCAUGACCGCUGCCGCUGUCGACGCCGGAAUCAAACACAUCAUCUUCACGGCCACCGACCGCGGCCCAAACACCGAUACAGAUCCAACACCAAUCCCUCACUUCGCCAGCAAGUUCCACAUCGAGCAGGACAUCAUCGCAAAGUCCGAAGCCGCUGGUAAAGACCUCACCUACACUUUCCUCCGUCCGGUCGCCUUCUACGAGAACCUCAGCAAUAACUUCCUCGGCCGCGCUUUUGCGGAAAUGUGGCGUCUCAACGGCCCCAGCACGGAACUCCAACUCAUCAGUACCACCGACAUGGGCAAACUCGCAGCUGAAGCGUUCCUCAACGCGGAAUCUCCAGAGUAUCGCAACCGAGCUAUCUCCCUGGCAGGAGACGCCACCUCCCCCGACGAAGCCGCAAGAGUCUCCAGAGAAGAGACAGGGCGGGAGAUGGAGGGGACGUACGGAGUUGUGGCCAGGACGCUCAAGUGGGUAUUGAACGAACAAUUGGGGAUAAUGUUCAAUUGGUUCAAGUCCACAGGCUUCAAUGCCAACGUCCCCGAGUUGAGGAAACGAUACCCUUUCCUCAAAGACUUCCGGUCAUGGUUGAGGGAGGAAUCGGCUUGGAAGAAGGUCUAA